AUGGCUCCACUCUGGAUUCUUGUUUUAUGUCUCAACAUAAUAUGCCAUGCUGUGGCCCAUGCUGUCAACCGAUCAUCAUUUGUCUCAGUGAAGUCUGGAGAACGUGUUACUUUAAACUGCACAUUUCAAGAUACAUACAGUAAAGAACUUAUGGUUUGGUACAAGCAACAAUUUGGAGAGUUGCCUCGGGAAGUGGGAAAAAUUAGAGAAUAUAUAAACAUCGAAACUUCACCUGAGUUCAGCUCAGGAUUCAAAGUAGAGGAGAUUAUAAAUGGAAUUUCUUUAACAAUUCUACAAACAAAAAAAUCUGAUGAAGGACUGUAUUUCUGUGGAAUAUAUACCUGGGGCAAAUUUGAAUUUUCCAGUGGAACAUUCGUAGCUGUGACAGGAGAUGGAGAUGUAAAAGUGUCAGUGUUGCAGAGCAGCGUGUUGGACUCGGUUCCUGCAGGAGCGUCAGUGACUCUGCAGUGCUCGGUUCUCUCUGAGAGCAGAGCAGCAGAACUCCAAGUGCUCUGGUUCAGAGCUGCUCCAUCACAAUCCCAUCCUCAAAUCAUUUACACUCAUCACAACAGCAGCCAUCAGUGUGAGAGCAGCUCUUCUACACACACCUGUGUGUACAACUUCUCCAAGAACAUCCUCAGCCUCAAUGAUACUGGUACUUACUACUGCGCUGUGGCCGUAUGUGGGAAGAUCAUUUUUGGGAAUGGGACACGAGUACAGUUGGAUGCGAAUACAUCCACUGAUCAACAUUUCAAACCGUGA